GGCAGCCGGGGCCCAGCGAUGGCAGCUGGGGCUGCUGGGUCGCAGGGAGGCCACGGGGAUCAGGGUUUGGGGCUGAUCGGGGUGUAAACCCAGCCCCCCUCCACCCCACAGAGCAUCGGGGUCACCCCCUGCAGCAAUGUCUCUCGGGCUGGCUGAGAAGCUGAAAUUCAAGCAGACGACCAAGGCCCUGUCCUGCCUGAGCCUCCUGACGGAGCUGCUGGUGCUGGUCUCCCCGUACUGGAUGGAAGUCGAAAGCCCCGGGUUCGAGACCAGCGUGGGGCUGUGGAACAUCUGCCUCAAUUUGUCCUGCAGCAAACUGCCCAUGGGGACGGUGGCAUUCGAGGUGGCCAAAGCGCUGAUGACGCUGUCCACUCUGCUUGGGUUCAUCGCCGUCUGCUCCGUCCUCACCUCCUUCCACACCUUCCGCAAAUACAGGCUGGCCGCUGUCACCAACCUCUUGACAGGGAUCGUCAUGCUGGUGAGCGUCCUGGUGUUCGGCGUCUCGUUUACCUCGAUCUCGGAGCCCUUCCACUCCGAGAUGAGAUUCCGGCACGGCUGGUGCUUGUACGUGGGCUUCCUGGCCUCCUUCCUCUUCCUCCUGAGCGCGCUGGUGAGUCUCAUCACCCAUAUCCAGGGCAACAAGACGCCCACCCAGAGCCUCAACCAGGUGCAGCAGGGUGGCCUGCGGCCCGGCUCCACCGCCCGGCUCCACGAGGACCAGCCCCGGACGGAGCCGGCCCCGCCCCCGCCGGUGUAAGGGCAGGGACCAGGUCGCUCUGUGUGUGUGUCCCUGCCGCCCCCUGCUGGAGGGACUGAGCCCUGCACUCGUGUGUGUGUGUGUGUGUGUGUCCCUGU